CACGCGAUGACUUGCAAGGGAUGUGAGAGUCUGUGAGUGAACGCGACGGUGACAAUGAUGUAGGACGUGUGACGCGGAGGCAGUUGCAAUUGACCAGCCGGAGUGUGCAGACAAAAAAACGAUCACAGUCUAUCUUAUCGAACACCACUUACCAAUAUUACAAUAAAGGAUUGAACUUUCAAACUGUACAAACAAAGUCCGCCUUUAUUACAUGGGGGCUCAACCGGGAUGUGCGUGAUCUCGAUAUAGAUAAAGUGAAGCGAUCAAGCGACACGAGAAAGGAUUCAAGUGAAUAACGACGAACUAACGACGAAAUGGCGACGGUUGACGAAUUGUGCGAAAAUUUCACCAAAGUUGGGUUGACACGCGAGUGCGAAAAGCUUGGUUUGCCAGCCAUCGGUGGAAAACGAGAUAUCGCGAAAAAAAUCAUUAACCAUCGGAACAUGACGAAUUCUGGAGGUGAAAAUGGUGAAGACGAUCGCGAUCCACAGAAAGACGGCGUGUGUGAGAAAGACGACUCACACACAGAAGACGCUGAACGUGGAGUUGUCGGUAGUUGUGAGAAAGACGGCUCACACUCCGAUAACGAGGAACGUGCAGAAAGAGACGGCUUUAGCACCAACGGCGAGGACGACGAAGCGGACAACGACGACAGUGAAGACAAUGAAUCCGAUGAUAUGUUUCAGACGGCAAUUCGAACCAAUACUUCUACACCGUUAGCAAAUCGACUACGCGCAUCACGACGUACGAAGGUUUACUCUUUCCGCGAUAUGGAAGAGAGUAUUGAAUCCUUUGGUGCGGAGGAAGGAGAAGACGUACGGUUAUGGUUGAUGCAGCUCAAAGGCGUGUGCAAAGCUGCGCGAUGGGACGAUGAGCAACAAUUAAUAAUGUGCCGAAAGAAAUUAACUGGUACCGCGAAACGUUUUGUAUUUUCGCUUCGGAGCAGUUUCAGCAGUUUUAAGAAGUUAGAACAAGCGCUGAUUAGAGAAUUUGCACCACGCGUACGGGCAAGCGAUGUACAUCGUGCGUUGACGAACCGUAAGAAGAAGAACUCAGAGUCCAUCCGUGAUUAUAUUUACGAGAUGCAACGGCUAGCGCUCCCUAUCGAACUCGACGAACCUAGCCCCUGCGAAUACAUAGUAAACGGUAUUACGGACGAUGAGCAUCACCAAACGAUUUUAUACGAAGCGCAAAGCAUCGAACGGCUUAAGCGGAAACUACUGAAUUUCGAAAGAGUGAUGAAGGAUUCCAAGAACAAAAAGAAGCGCGACGAUUUUGGAAACAGAAAAGAGAAAGCACGUGAAAAGGAAAACAACACAAUGAGCAAGAAGCGUAGUUGUUUCAAUUGCGGUGAAACGUCACAUGUUUCCGCGGAUUGUCCACAGAAAGGUGCAGGACCUAAGUGUUUUUCGUGCAAUACGUUUGGGCAUCGAGCGCGCGAAUGCAAGAAAGGUGGCACGAGUAGCCAGAAGGAGAAACAAAAUGUGUUGAUUUGUGGACCAAGUGUAGAGCCAAACCAUAGUGAGCACCCUCCUUCAAGUGUAACUAAGUGGGAAGACGAAUUUACAUCGAAGAGGUCAUCUGAAAAGCAAGUGUGGCUGCAGAGAACGAUAAUUCAAGUGAAAGUAGAAUCGGUAAUUAUUGACGCUUUGUUUGAUACCGGCAGUCCAAUGAAUUUGAUGACGCAUUACACAUAUGAAAAAAUCGGAAAACCCUGCCUAAGUACCACUACAAUGAAGCUAAAAGGUUUUGGUGGCAACGAAAUUGCUGCUGAUGGUGUGUUCCAAGUAGAUAUGUGUAUCGACUGUCACCAAUACCGUGAUGUGCUUUUCUAUCUAGUACCGAAUAAAAGUAUGUCUUUUGCGGCUGUGCUCGGAACGGCGUCCCUUCAGCAUUUUGAUGUAAAGGUGACCACGAACGGUGUGCAAGUGUUAAAGCGAGAAGAAUGCGAAAUUAUGGACAUUAUGCUGUGCGAGAACGAAAUCGAUGUACCGAAACAAUAUGCAAGUGAAGUCAAAUCCCUAAUUUCUAACUACGUGCCGUGUGAAGAUGUAAAGAGUACCGUGGAAAUGAAAAUCCUUCUCGAAGACGAACACCCGGUGCAAACCAAUCCAAGGCGGUUUGCCCCGAAAGAAAAAGAAGUGCUAGAAAAAACAGUAAACGAGUGGUUGAACGCAGGCAUAAUUCGGGAAAGUAACAGUGAUUAUGCGAGUCCUGUAGUGCUAGCGAAGAAGAAAGAUGGUUCUAUGCGAGUGUGUGUAGAUUACCGCGAGCUCAACCGAAAGAUAAAGAAGGAUUGUUUUCCGAUGAGGAAUAUGGAAGACCAAAUUGACAAGCUACAAGGAGCAAAAGUAUUCACAACGCUGGAUUUGAAGAACUCUUUCUUCCAUGUGCCGAUAGAGAAGUCUAGCCAGAAGUAUACAGCGUUUGUGACACAUACAGGCCAGUACGAGUUUCUACGAGCUCCAUUCGGCCUGUGUAACAGUCCUGCAUGUUUUAGUCGUUUUGUAGCCAACGCGUUCCGUGAACUGAUCAAAAGCGGUGAAAUAUUAGUGUAUGUGGAUGAUUUGAUCAUUGCGACAAAUAGUGAAGAAGAGAACAUUAUCACGUUGAAAAAGUUGUUCAAGGCUGCCAGUGCAAACGGAAUUGAGUUCAAUUGGAAGAAAUCUCAGUUUCUUAAGCCCGAAGUGGAAUAUUUGGGGUUUGUUAUUAAGGAUGGUACCUAUAGCAUUUCGCCCGAUAAAUUAAAAGCAAUAAAUUCUUUUCCGGUGCCAAGAAACGUGAAGGAGUUACAAAGGUUUCUGGGUUUGACGAGUUAUUUUCGUAAGUUUAUCGAGUGCUACGCGAUAAUGGCUAAACCGCUAACAGACUUGAUGCGUAAAAACGUCGAAUACGAGUUUACAAAUAUGCAUUUGAAUUGUUUUGAAAGAUUGAAGAAGUGUUUGGUGUCUGAUCCAGUGCUGAAGAUUUAUGAACAAAAAGCUGCGACAGAGGUACAUACGGAUGCUUCAAAAGAAGGUUACGGAGCAGUACUGCUACAGAAGGGCGCUGACGAUCAUUUCCAUCCUGUUUAUUAUAUGAGCCACCAAACGAAUGAUGCAGAGAAAAACUACAGUGCGUACCAUUUGGAAGUAUUAGCCGUUGUGCGAGCGGUAGAGAAAUUUCGUGUCUAUUUGCUUGGAAUACCUUUCAAAAUAGUAACAGACUGUUCGGCUUUUCAACACACCUUUAAAGCAAAGGAACUUUCUGCGCGCAUAGCUAGAUGGGCUUUAAUGUUGGAAGAAUAUGAUUAUAAAGUAAUUCAUAGACCAGGAACGUCAAUGAGGCAUGUAGAUGCUUUAAGUCGAGCUAUUAUGAUUGUAACGAACGAUCCGGUGGUAGAGAUGAUAAUAACUGCGCAAAAGAAAGACGAAAGAAUUUCAGCCAUACGACAAUUAUUAACAACACAACCUUAUGAUGACUACUGUAUGAACGGCGAAGUUGUGAUGAAGCUGGUGAAAGUUUUCACACACUCGGGAGCCAUUCGAUGUGAUUUCGACGUGCUGUGCCAUUUACAUCUCACCUGUUAG